CGAAGGAAAAAAUUCUAAAGAAUUCCAAACUGGAGUUUUUCUUGCCUCAGAUAAAGAUUUUGCUGGAAGCCUUCUCUCACCCUUGGCUGCUAAGCAUAACACAAAUAACAUUUUUGCUAUGGCUAUGGAGUUUGAAGCCAAGCACAGAGAAUGUGUCCGUGUUUUAACAUACACAAAUGAUGACCAUGUCAAGGUUAAGUUUUAUGUGUUUUCUGGAAAGUAUGGCAUACCUGAAACAUUAAAAGCUGCUGCUCAAGAUUGUUUUAAGGAGAUGGAUGUUAAACUUGAAUGGUUUGAUCUUUACAGGGAUGCAGAUGAAAUUCUGAAGAUUAGACCUCUUGAGUAUUCAUUUGGUAUGCAGCAGGCAUUGAAUGACUCUCAAGUGAAUGAAAUUAACAAAAUUAUAUCUGAAAGUCUCCAUGUUCUUGUCAGGCAUCGUAACAUCACUGCUGUGCAACCCUCACUUAAAAUCACAAAUUCUAAGCAGACAGGAACCCCUUGCAUCACAUUGUAUGUUCUAUGUAAAGGUGUCAUCCCAGAUGGUGAAGGUCCCUUCCCACUCACUCUUGGUUCUUACCCAGUGGAUGUUGUGGAUGGAAUAUGGUUCAGAACUUAUGAUCCUUGGCUGCCAAAUAAAGCACAGGAACAAGACGAGGUACUUUGUUUGGGAGCAAGUAUUGGUGUGCAAGGAGAGGAUGCAGCCGGAACCUUAGGUGCCAUUGUGAAAGAUGAUGAAACCUUCUAUGCACUGUCUUGUGAUCAUUUUAUGAAACAUGAUGCAGAAUCAGAGAUAAUUCAUCCUGCACUGAAUGAUUAUUUGAAUUAUCUAAAUUACCAUUUACAACAGUAUGGAUUGUGGAUUAAGCACAUCAUUGACAAGGAAAGUUGCCACAUACUGUCAGACAAGUUCUCAUUUGGCCAUAUUUCAGGGUUGAAAGAAUUGUUAAAUAAAUUUCAAGAGCUAAAAAGGAUUAAAGAAAACCACCAACACCAUGCAAAGGUGACAAAGAGGAAAUUAGAAGCUUUAGAGCUGCAUGAAAGAGCUUUUGAGAAAGGUUUGACACCACCCAGGGUCAUAGCAAAAUACUCUGUUGGCAUCUCUGGUAAUGUGACUUGGAAUGAUGGUCAACAAUACUAUGUUGAUGCUGCCCUGGCUGAGUUGACUCCAGAAGAAGUUGAUAGUUUAAGACAGAGUCAAACAGCUGAAAUGAUUGGAACAGGAGAUCACCUAAGUGGGGAAUGCAGUUCAAGACUAAAAGCCAGUGGAGAACUGUGCAAGAGUGGCCGAACCACAGGAUUCACUAAGUCUGGUCGUCAUGUGCAACCAUCAAUGUUUCUCAGUGCUUCCUUAUAUGAAGUGAAUGCCCAAAAUGAGGGUUUGGUCAGUGUGUUGAAACGUGUCAGACUCUGUCAAAGUUGUAAGAAAAAAUCUGGAAUUGGAGAGCAAUUGGAGUCUACUGCUGCUGCUUGUGACUCUUGUAAAAAAGACACAGCCACUCUAUGUAAACGUCUUUGGUUAAAGAACUGCUUAUGUAUAGAUCAUCCAUUUGGUCUUGGUUAUGCAAAAGUGUUUGCAACUAAAGGAGAUUCUGGAGCAGUACUCUUUGAAAGAGAUGAAGAUAGAAAUCUUGAAGCUUUUGGCAUUAUCUUUGGCGAGCAUCGAGAUUCAUAUAAACUUUGUGCUUUAGCCACACCAAUGCAAAUUGCUCUUGAAAGCUUAUCCAGAAAGAUCUCUGAGGACACCAACUUGAGACUGCUUUCAAAUUAUGAGUAAAAAUGAAACUGUAAUUAAUGUAUUUAUGCUUAUUGUUGAUCAAGGUUUGUAUUCGUGAUUUUUUUUUUCAGUGGGGGAGGGGAGGUUUCACCUUUCAAAUGCUAAGGACAAAUGCCAUCCCCACUUCAAGAAACCGUCACCACAACUGUACAUAUAAGAAGAAGAAAAAAGUUACAAUGAACAUGAAAAAUUUGUUGAUCUUAGAAAAAUGGACCCCAUUGGUUCCCGGCAUUUCUUCGGAGAUAUCGCCGAGAUCUAGUCGAAAUCUCGGAAGAAAAAAAUGCUCCAUCGAACGAUAAUCGUUGUAUUACUUUUGAACAGAUUUUGUGGUAAAGUUGAGAUUACAACAACUUUUUUUAUAACAACUUUAUUUAAAUCAUAACAUAUAUAAUAUAUUAUUAUUAAAAAAGGAUUAUAGAAGGGAGGAACUUAAUCCUCAUUGUAAUCUAUACCCCAAAUGUAAAUAUUUAAUACUAUGCAAUAUAUAUAUACACACACUGCAAC